UUAAAUUUAUUAUGUUAUAGCCAUAGUUAGAGUAGAGUUUUUGAUCUUACAAAAAUCUUAAACUUGAUAAUGUUGAGCUUGCAAACAGCAGUGAUUCUAGCGUAUGUUUCAUGUUGUGUUACACAAACACCAGUAUAUGUGAACACAAAGGUCGGAAAUAUCAUGGGAUUUCAAGAGCACAUUUCUCUUGAUGGAGAACAGAAAACAAUUUCUAAAUUUCUAAGUAUACCGUUUGCCGAAUCAACAGAAGGUCAAAACAGGUUUAGAAAACCGGUUCCGAAAGCUCCAUUUAAAGGAACGUUUGACGCAAGUAAAGAACCAGCGGCUUGUUUACAGCAAUCUCAACAGGAUACUGCUUUAUACAAAAAUGUUUACGGCGUCUCUGAAUUUUCCGAGGACUGUCUGACACUUAACAUUUAUGUUCCACAUGAGCUUCGAGUCAACGACUUACGACCAGUGAUGAUUUGGGUGUAUGGUGGGGGUUUCAUUCAGGGAGCAUCAUCAGUUUACAAACCUGAAGCGUUAGCUAUAUUUGGAAACGUUAUUGUUGUAACAAUUAACUAUCGUUUAGGAAUGUUUGGUUUUUUACGCGACCCUAAUGGUGUAUUUCCGGGAAACCAAGGUCUUUGGGACCAGCAUCUCGCUAUAAAGUGGAUACAUAAUCACAUCGAUAGUUUCUAUGGGUACAAGAAUGAAAUAACAAUAUUCGGCCAAUCAGCAGGAGGAGUGUCCGUUAUAUUUCAGGCUUUAUAUCCGGGAAACGCGGGACUAUUCAAAAGGGUUAUCUCAGAGAGUGGAUCUGCAAUCGCGCCAUGGUCGGUAAAAAAAGCAUCAAGUUUUGAAAGAUAUUUCUACGAUCAAGGAUGUGAUCCUUCAUCGAAGACAUUAGCUACUUGCCUUCAAUCAAAAACUCCAAUAUCACUACAAUCAAAUGCUACAAAUUUUGGCCCGAUUAUAGAUGGUGAUUUUGUAGUUGCAUCUCCCACCGACAUUGUUAACGGCAACUCUACAAACACUGCUAGAGCUAGAGACUUCUUUGCUUCUUUGGAUAUUAUUGUUGGUGCCAAUGACAAAGAUGGCGCUGGGUCUUACCUAACAUAUCAAUACGUACUUAACCACUCUAAUCUCGAAUUUAAUAUAUCGAAAGAUGAAUUCAGAAAUACAGUUGUUCCAAUAAAUGUUGAUAGCAACCUUUCCCCUGCAGACAACGACACAAGAAAGGCAUUAGAAAAGAUGUUGACAUUUGCCUACACCGACUGGAAUGACCCGGAUAAUUACGUCAGUAUACGACAAAAUGUUGUAGACAUAACUACGGACGCUGCGUUCUUUUCACCGGCGUCUCGGACAGUAGCUGCACAUGCCAGAUUAAAUGUCGGGAAGACGUUCCUGUAUGAAUUUGCAGUUCACACAAAAACACAUUUUUCACCAUUACCUUCCUGGAUGAAAGGAUCUAAUCAUGGAGACGAAGUACAAUUUGUUUUUGGAUUUCCUUUGCGUUCAAAUAUAUCGCUGGUUGGUAUAAGCAAUUUCAGCUAUAGUUCGGAACAAAUACAAGUCGCUCGUGCAACCAUGGCAAUGUGGUCAAACUUUGCUAAAUCAGGAAACCCGAACGUACCAAUGGAUAUCACAAAAUUCACGAACACCACGUGGCCAGCAUAUGAUAUGACGUCACAGCGUUAUUUCCGGAUUACCGAUCAGAUGUCGCCUGCAUCAAUCAUAAGCGGAUUCUACCGGAAGAGAAUGGCUAUAUGGUCUGAUAUUAUUCCAGAAAUAGAAAAACGACAUUGUCCUGACAAAAGGCAGCCAGAUGUUUUUCAUUAUGACCCUUCUACAGAAUUAGUUGGAUGAGACAAAAGUAGAGAUAUGCCUUAAUUGUGAAGGGGUCAAAAUAAUUUAGAUUUUCUUUAAAAUUAUGAAGUUUUAGCAUUAUUGAUCUUAAAAUUGUGGAAGAAGAAGCGCAAUAUUGACAUAAUAUUUUCUUAAUUUGCUAAAAACAAAACAUUUAGUUUAGGUAUUGUAUUAUGAAUUGUUUGAAUAGCUCUGAUUUCAUCAUGCUGUAAGUAACUUUGAAUAUUUUAUAAUAUAAAAGUUGACAUUCAAAAUAUGUUUUGU